CUGUCGACCUCGUCUGAAAUAAAUGGUAACGUGUUUGCAUCUCUCAGGUUACAGCGUAAAGAAAGGUGCAUGCUUACCCACCCUAUGAACAAACAGGAUGCCCACGAGAACCCUGAGUGUUGUUGCCCAAGUGUUCCUUCUUCUAAGCAUAGUCCUUGUUAUUGCUAUUGCAGUGAUUCAGAUAAAUCAGCAACAGAUCCUCUCCCCAGGGCUUAAGUAUGGAAUAGUCGUUGAUGCUGGAUCCUCUCGGACUACAGUCUAUGUCUAUGAGUGGCCAGCGGAAAAAGAAAACAACACGGGAGUAGUGAGCCAAACCUUCAAGUGCAAUGUGAAAGGCCCUGGUAUAUCCAGCUAUAAGAGUAACCCUGGAGCUCUUGCCAAGCCUCUUGAUGACUGUCUGAAUAAAGUGAAGGAGAGAAUACCAGUUCAUCUGCAUAAAAACACUUCUGUUUAUCUGGGGGCUACAGCUGGCAUGAGACUGCUGAGGUUGCAAAAUGAAUCGGCAGCCAAUGAAGUCCUUGCAAGCAUUCAAAGCUACUUCAGAGCACAACCUUUUGAAUUUAGGGGUGCGCAGAUCAUAACUGGGCCAGAGGAAGGGGUGUAUGGAUGGAUAACAGCCAACUAUUUAAUGGGCAAUUUCUUAGAGAGAAACCUUUGGAGGACAUGGGUCCAUCCUUACAGAAAAGAGACUAUGGGUGCACUGGACCUCGGAGGAGCUUCCACUCAAAUUUCAUUUAUCCCCGAGGACCCUGAGGAGCACUUCAACAGUACCUUGCAAGUGAAGUUGUAUGGUUACAACUACAAUGUCUACACUCACAGCUACCAGUGCUAUGGGAGAGAUGAAGCUGAGAAAAGGCUUUUAGCAUUGCUGCUCCAGAAAUCAAACGCCAGUGCCAAUGUGGAUAAUCCCUGUUACCCUCAAAACUAUAAUACAGCAUUAACAAUGAAGGACUUCUUUGGCAGCCUUUGUACACAGUCUCUGAGACCAGCAAAUUACUAUCCAAACCAGCUUGUAAAAUUCCAUGGAACAGGAGACCCAGGUCUGUGCCAGGAGAUGGUUUCUUUAUUGUUUAACUUCACUGCUUGCAGAGACAGAGAGGACUGUCCAUUUAAUGGAAUACAUCAGCCAAAAGCUAAAGGGAAUUUUGUGGCUUUCUCUGGAUUCUACUAUACAACUAAUGCUUUGAAUUUAUCUGGGCACUUUUCACUAGAUGACUUCAAUUCAAGUAUGUGGUUUUUCUGUUCACAGAGCUGGGCACAGCUCCCAUUUAUGCUGCCUAAAUUUGAAGAAAUAUAUGCUAGAUCCUACUGUUUCUCAGCCAAUUUCAUUUAUUACUUGCUUGUACAUGGUUACAACUUCAAUGCAGAAACUUGGCCACAGAUACAUUUUCAAAAGGAGGUUGGCAACAGCAGCAUAGCGUGGUCACUUGGUUACAUGUUAAGCCUCACAAACAUGAUUCCAGCAGAAGGCAAGCUGAUCCAGCUACCUCUGAACCCUUCUCUGUUUGCUGGGCUCCUCGUCUUCCUCACAGCUACGGCACUGCUGUGUCUCCUCUUCCUCGUCUACUUGUGCAUUGUGUCACAUCACCGGAAGAACAUCCCUCAUGUUGAACAUUUAUUCCAGAAUGAAUGAACUUGUUGGCUGAAGACAAAACAAAAAUUUUAUAGUGCUGCUAAGCAGGACUUUAUUUUGCCCCCCAUUUUUCAAAAAUAAUGACAGCAAAAAUGACUUCUGAACCAGAAGCAUAAAUAGAGAAAAGGCACAAAGGAAUCUGUGAUAUGUUUCAGAUGGCAAAGCUGAGGGUGUUGAACUUCCAGCCAAGCAGCUUCAGUGACCACAGCCAACUCCUCCCCAGGUGUGAACUGG